GGAGUUACAGUUUGAGGAAGUUUCAAUAUGUGUGUGUGUGAGUUGACAAACAUUAGAAAUAAAGUGUGUGAGGUGGAUUACUGAUAAUGACUUCAGACUGACAGUUAAGCCCCGCCCACCCCUCUUUGAUGGACAGCCUCAGUUUUUCGCUCCUCUGAGCUGCUGCGGAUCAGACUCUGAUCGAUCAGCUGCUGACCCAGUUGGACCGGACCGAUGGAGUAAAGGAGCAGCUCAGCUGAGGUAUGGAGCGUGUGUGGUUGGUGUGUGUGAGCGUGCUCAGUUUGUGUGUGAGGACUCACAGCGGAUUGGACGAGAGUGACCACACCCACCAUGACCCCCAGCAUCAGCAUCUUGUUACCAACGGCAACACGGCUUCAGAUCUGUGCGUAAUCGACCCGCAGCUCUGUGGCGAUGAAAACUCCCUCCUCAGCUUCGAGGCCAUCCUUAGCAUCCACAAGCUGAUGGAUGACGAUGCGGACGGCAGCGUGGACACCAUGGAGACGGACGAGUUUCUCAGGGAGGACCUGAAGUACAACGACCCGAAAGCCAAACACAACAGCUUCCACCGGGCCGACGCGCACAUCAGCGUGGAGGACAUGUGGAGCACCUGGAAGAGCUCAGAAGUGUACAACUGGACGGCGCCGCAGGUGGAGGAGUGGCUUGUGGUGAGCGUGGAGCUUCCUCAGUACGCAGAGAGCUUUAGGAAGCACCAGCUGGAUGGCAGAGAUCUGCCCAGGUUGGCAGUGAAGAACGUCACUCUGACGGUUUCCCUGCUGAAGAUCUUGGACAGAAGUCACGCUCAGAAGCUGCAGCUGAAGGCCCUGGACAUUGUUCUGUUUGGACCUCCACCAGGCCAGCAGAGCCGAUGGAAGGAUCUGGUUCUUGGUUUAUCUGUGCUGAUGGCACUAGGUGGCUGCUGGUUCGCCUACAUCCAGACCAGGAAGUCCAGAGAUGACCUGGGGAAGCUGGUGAAAGACCUGGAGGGUUUGCAGAGGGCCGAACAAAGUCUGCUGGACCUGCAAACAAACUGUCUUCUGCAGGUCCGUAUGGCGCUGAAGAAUGCUGAGAGGGAGCUUGAGUCACGGGCUCGCUGGACGCCACCAGACGCUCUGCAGAAGUGGCUGCAGCUGACGCAUGAAGUAGAAGUUCAGUACUACAACAGCAAGAAACAGAGCGCAGAGAAGCAGCUGCUGCAGGCCAGAGAUGGGGCAGAGAAGAUCAAGAAGAAGAGAAGUUCUCUGUUUGGAACGUUCCACGUGGCUCACAGUUCUUCACUGGAUGACGUCGACCAUAAAAUCCUCUCAGCCAAACAGGCCCUGGCUGAAGUAACAGCGGCCCUGCGGGAGAAACUCCACCGCUGGCAGCAAAUCGAGUCUCUGACGGGUUUCUGCGUGGUCAAUAAUCCGGGUCUGGGAGCUCUGGCUGCUGCCCUCAACCUUGACCCCUCCUUCCUGGGCCUGAGACCCCCGACUCCUCAGAACCUGCUCCUUUCAGAUGACCUGGACGACAUGGACGAAGACAUCUUGUCUCCCGGGACGCUGCAGUACGCAGCCUGGCAAAUGGAUCGGCGUGUAAGCGACCUUUGGCCUCUAAGCGGCAUCGCGGAUACCCAGUUACCAUGGAAACCAUCAGCUCACGCGCCCCUGAGACAGAGGGCAGGAGACCCCGGGUUAACGUUUGGCUCCCAGAGGGACGUCAUGACCCGAUCCGACUCUGACUCCACCCUUCCACUGUCUCUUAACGAAUCACAAGCUCUGAACAACUCCAGGCCGUAUCUUCUGGACUCCAGACCCCACCCCUUGAAGGGUGGAAGCUCCGCCCACAGACUGGGAGGAGGAGGUCUAGAGAAGAGCUCCAGCCUGGGAGAGCUGAGAGGAAACUCCUCCACAGUCCUCGCCUCGUCCUGCUCUACACGCUCCCUCUUCAUCACCUCAGAAGCUCCGGCCGGUUCCAUCAUGUUCUCUUCAUCCGCCUCGUCCAGCUCGUCUGGCAGUGGACAAGGAGCCAGCAUCCAGCUGUCCGCCAUGAAGAGAGACAGAGGAGACUCUCAGGAACCGUCGGUCAGCCGGAGGAAGAAAGCUUUUUAUACCAUUUUCAGGAGAAAGAAAGACAGUCCUGAAGCUGUGAGCCAGACAUGAUCCUCCUGAUGGGUCAAGAUGAAGCAUCAUGUAGGCUCCUCCUGUAGGCAUGCUGAGAGGUACAGAGAGAGGGAGUUUAAACUGAACUUUAAACACAUCAGUGAAAAGCUCCAAAACAAGAACUAAAGAGGUGAAAAAAGAAAAACCUUUUCUGUCUGUCAAAUAAUUACGACAAUAAAGCACAAAAAAACAAAUAUUCUCCCUUUUUUUCCUCAUCAAUUCUUUUGUU